AAGAAGAGAGCAGGCGACGCCUUAGAACCUCGGGCGGCAGCUGCAACCACAGUUGUGUCCCUGUCUCGGCUCAGAGGCCUCCAGGUGUGUUUUCCGCUGAGGCCCGCGGCGUCCAAACCGGCGCCUGCGGAAUUGCAGAUGGAGACGCCCAUCCAGCGGGAAAUCCGCCGCAGUUGCGAGCGCGAGGAGAGCCUACGCCGGAGCCGGGGUCUGAGUCCCGGUCGCGCGGGCGAGGAACUCAUCGAGUUGCGUGUGCGGCCGGUGCUCAGCCGACCCGGCUCCGGUACCCCGCUGCCUCGCGCCCUGGAGCGCGCUCGGGCGGGCGCGAAGAUGCAGCGGGACAUCGAACGCGAGGCUCACAGGCAGGCGGCGCUGGCGAGCCCCGCGGUUCCGGAGCCCAGCGCCCGGCGGCGGCCGCAGCCGCUGGACGAACUCAAGCGCUUCUUUGAGGCUGCGGCGGAGGACGGCGCGGGCUUGCAGCGGCUGCCGGAGGCCGGAGGCCGGCUGCACCCCGCCGUUCAGGACGGCUGUCCUGUGCUGGGGCAGUUGCCUCCGCUCGUUGCCCCGUCGCUGCUGGAGCAGGAGGUGCGCCGGGUGCGCGAGCGCGAGCGGGAGCUGCAGUUGCAGCGGCGCAGCAUCUACGGAGCCGCCGAGGUCGGGGAGCCAGCGCCAAGCCUCACCCCGAGCAGGGGAGAUGGAAAGUUGGCGGUGAUCUGGCCCCCGCGGAGACGGGCCUCAGAGAAUGGCCUGGAGAAGGAGCGCAGACCCUGAGGUCUGUGAAGGUUGGGACCUGCGGCCAGAAGUAACUUACCCUUUGAAAAACAAGGUUAAAGUAACCCUCCAGAUCACCAGAAGGCCUAAAAAGGGAAGGGCCAGCUUUCUUUAAUGGCAACUUGAAAUCCAUCCCAUCCUUGAUGCGGACUACGGAAUUAACCACCUUUCUCCAUAAAAUUGUUUAGUCUUCCCAGGAAAACAGACCACCACCCGCAAAACCUGUGAGUGAAACAUAAAAUAAAGUCUUCCUUUUC